UGAAAACAAUCAAAGAUUCCCUUAAAAAUUGCUAAAAAUCUCUUAAAAUCUUGACAAAAUGAGUGAAAUUGACGUUAUUGAAGCUACAACGGACAAACCAUCGCAGAUUCAGCCAUUGACAAAGGAUGACGCUUGCAAAAUUUCAUCAGGACAAGUCAUUUCCAGUCUCGCCAUCGCCGUAAAAGAGCUAAUUGAAAAUUCUUUGGAUGCUGGAGCGACUCUAAUCGAAGUAAAAUUCAAAGAACAGGGAAUUUCAAGCUUGGAAGUCGUCGACAACGGCUGCGGCGUCAAAGAAGAAGACUUUGUCGGUCUCACACGACGUCAUGCAACCUCCAAAUUGCAAAAUUUCAGCCAAUUAUCCGAAGUGGAAACUUUCGGCUUUCGCGGCGAGGCGUUAAACUCCCUUUGUGCCCUUGGAAAAGUCGUGAUUCAAACAAAACACGAGUCUGCAACGAGAGCAACGCGUCUCGAAUUCGAUCACAGCGGAAAUAUCGUGAAACAAGGUCCGUGUUCGGGUCAAACGGGCACUCAUGUGUACUUAACGGAGCUUUUUUCCUCACUUCCGGUCCGAAAAAGGGAAUUUGCGAAGAAUAUCAAGAAGGAAUACGCAAAAGCUUUGGAAAUUUUGACUGCUUAUUGCUUGAUUUCGAGUUCUACGCGAUUUAUUGUGACAAAUCAGGCGAAAAAUGGAUGCCGGUCGCAAGUUAUGAGCACGAAUGCCAAAGCGAGUGUCACGGAAAAUAUCAAAAGUAUCUUCGGGCAGAAGCAAAUGGAGCAAUUGGUGGAAAUAAAGACACCGAAUCUCGGAAAUGAGGCAGAAGACGCUCGUUUAGCCAAGUAUAAAGUCGAAGGAUUUGUCUCGGAUUGUCAACAUGGCAGUGGUCGAAGUAGCAAAGACCGACAAUUUUUUUAUAUCAACUCUCGCCCGUGCGAGGCAAAGACUUUGCUCAAGUUUAUCAACGAAAUUUACAAAAAAUUCAACAUUCAGCAAUAUCCGUUUAUUUUUUUGAACAUCAUUAUGAACAAAGAUGACGUCGAUAUCAACGUAACUCCAGACAAGAGACAACUUUUUAUCGCGGACGAGCACAUUUUGAAACAAGCUAUUCUCAAAUCUUUGACCGAAACGUACGAAGCAAUCCAAAAUGUCUACACAAUUCGAACAAUCAAGCCGUUUUUGAACAAAUCCUCCUCUAAUGAGGGCUCACAAGACGAAAAAAUGAAUGAAAGUGAGUCAGAACCGGAAGAAAUCGCAGUUCCAUCACAGAAAAAAUACUCCCAGGCACUGUCGCAAUGGAAAAAUACCGGAAGUACUGAUGAUUCGUUCGACAUUGAAAGCCCCGAGACGCGUUUCAAGCGAAAACUUGACGAUGAAAUCGAAAUUCGAACGAAAAAAUUGAAAAUGGUACAGGGAAUGUUACAAAAAAAUGCUCAACCAAUGAACGCCAGUUACGAAAGUGAAGAUGAUUUGGAAGAUUUGACUUUGGAAGAAGAACCAAACAAUUUCGCGACCCCCAAAAGAGCUCAAAUAGAACAUAUUAAAACAAUUUCGUGUAAAACUGUGACUCCAAAGCUCGUUCAACGUUCCCUACUGGAAACAAUUCCCAAAAAAUUGACAAUUGAGAAGAAAUCUCCGUUACCCGUGACAAAAUCCUCGCCAAAAACGUCUAAAUUGAGUUCAAUUCCGACGCCACAAAAUCUUCAUUGCGCUAAAAAUACCAUCAAAAUCACCCUCGAUGAGAUAAAGUCAAAAAUGGAUGCGGAAUUGGAUGCUCGUGAUGCGUACAAUCAACGAAAUGAAGACGCACAACUAAAAUUUAAAGCGAAAAUUAAUCCGGAAUUGAAUGAAAAUGCAGAAUCGGAACUCAGAAGAGAAAUUUCCAAAGAAAUGUUCCUCAAAAUGGAGAUAAUUGGACAAUUUAACUUGGGAUUUAUUAUUGUGAGGCUCGAGGAUGACUUGUUUAUUGUCGAUCAACAUGCUUCUGCGGAAAAAUAUAAUUUUGAGGAUUUGAUCAAGAAUACGGAAAUUCAAAGUCAAUCUCUCGUAUGUCCCGAACAACUCGAACUCUCAGCCACCAACGAAAUCAUUUUAAUCGACAACUUACCGCUUUUCGAGAAAAAUGGCUUCAAAUUCAAAAUCAACAACGAAAAGCCAUCCACAAAACGUGUUAGUCUCACUGCCAAACCUUUCAGCAAGAACUGGAGUUUCGGCAAGGCUGAUAUCGAGGAAAUGCUGCAUUUGUUGUACGAAGCGCCCAAUUCCACGGAUAUCAGACCUUCGCGUGUUCGAGCAAUGUUCGCUAGUCGAGCUUGUCGCAAAAGUGUCAUGAUCGGAGAUUUUUUGACGCAAGGACAAAUGAAACGAAUCGUUUCGCAGCUCUCGACACUAGAUCAACCUUGGAAUUGCCCUCAUGGACGACCAACAAUGCGUCACUUGGUCAACUUGAAUCACUUAAAAAUCGAGAAUUAA